AUGCUCACCAAAAGCCUAGUUGGUCUCGCCUCGAUUGCUAGUGCGAUACUUAUCAUCGGCGCACUGAGCUUGAUCGCUUACAUCUACAACGAUUUCAGCGAGUUCUAUGACAAAGCACAGCUAGAACUAAGCGAUUUCAAGAUGCAUGCUGAUAAUGCCUGGGAACAAAUGGUGGUUUCUAUGGAAGGUCACCAAAUUCGGGACACUCGUGCUGUGAAGGUGAAGAAGAUACGUCGUAAGAAGAAGCAAAGUGCUUCUUAUGAUGGAGGCGAUACUUCCGAUGGAGGAAGCUCAUCCUGCAACUGCGCCCCAGGACCAGAAACAUGCCCGCCAGGACCACCUGGACCUCCUGGUGAACCUGGAACGCCAGGAGAGGACGCUUUUCCUGGACAGAAUGGAAAUCCCGGACUUGAAGGAAUUUCGAAUACGGGAGCAGGCGAUACCGGAGGCUAUGACGGUGGAAGUGCGUGCAUAACAUGCCCAGCAGGUCCUCCAGGACCACCUGGAAGCGAUGGACCC